CAUCUGUCCUGUCUUUGUUUUCGCCGGAUGUCACCGCUAAGUUAAGUUCAUUUUCGAGAGUUUUUUUUGUUGUUGUCGUGAACAAACAAGUUUGUUGACAUUGGCACUAUAUAAGUUGUAGUUAAAUACAGCGAGCUAAUGUAACGUAAAUGGUGUGUUGUCCAAAUAUAGUUUAAUUAGCCGGGACAUGCUGUGCCUGCUCCCUCCAGUCGCACAGUUCAAAACGGCUGGGAAUAAUGUAGAACAGGAAUCUCUUCUAAAAACUUUGUAAAUAACAAGGUUGCCAAACAACAGAGUUGUAUAUCGGCAGAAUAAUAUAGCAGGUAAGGAAUGGGCUACGUGAUGAGAUGAUGCCUGUUCGGCAGCUAACGCUAGUUAGCUAGGUGAAUUGAUCAUGCUACCUUGUAUACGUUGUUUGUUGGUCUCCUUGUUAUUUACGUUAAGUUUUUGGAACGUAACACAAAUUAUACCCACCCGUUAAAAACACGUUUUCUAAAUGUUUCUGUUACUAGCUAUAUAUUCUUGUUGUUUUUAAGAUGUUGCUGUCUAAAAUGAGCUUUAACUUUCCUGUCGUGUGAUGCUGUUUUAUGUCAACGUAUAGCUACACCCCUCCACUUCUAUAGCUACAUACACAAACCAUUAGGAACACCUUCCUAAUAUUGAGUCGCUGCACCUCCCUUUUCCCCUUCAGAACAGCCUCAUUUCAUCAGGUCAUGGGACUCUACAAGGUGUCGAAAGCGUUCCACAGGGGAUGCUGACCCAUGUUGACUCCAAUGCUUCCCACAGUUGUGUCAAGAUGGCUGGGUGUCCUUUAGGUGGUGGACCAUUCUUGAUACACACGGGGGAAACGGUUGAGUGUGGCGAAACCCUGCAGCAUUACAGUUCUUGACACACACAAACCGGGUGCGAUUGGCACCUAAUUACUACCAUACCCGGUUGAAAGGCACUUAAAUCUUUUGUCUUUCCCCAUUCACCCUCUGAAUGAGAUUCAUACAUAAAAAUCCUUAAUUAACCUCUCUCCUCCCCUUCAUCUACACUGAUUGAAGUGGAUUUAACAGGUGACGUCAAUAAGGGAUCGUAUCUUUCACCUGAUCCACAAGAAGAAUGUUUCAGCUUGGAAGCCAGCUUGCCCAGUUUCACUUCUCCACGGGACCCAGUACUGCUACUGCAGGUGCCAAAGGACAACCUGACCCCCCUACACAGCCUACCCUAACGGUACAGGACUUUAUCCAACAUGUCAGGAAACUUGGCGGACUGAAAAAAGAAUACAUUUUCUGCGACCUACGAGUCCCGACCCAGUUUCAAACCACCAAGGCAGACGACAUCAACCUUGUCAUCCUCACAGGUCACGGGGUGUUCUGCAUCGACGUGAAGCCCUGGAGAGGAACCGUGUCUUCCCAGCAGCAGAACUGGCACGUUCAGCUCAAAGAACAGGACCACAACUUUACCAACACCUCCAUAGAACAGGUGGCAGACCCCCUCGAGGCCAUCAUGACCAAGACAGCUAACCUGUGGCAGUACCUGAGGAGGAGCGGCGUGUCGGUGCGUCAGGAGCUCUUCCUUCCCAGGCUAGUCUUCCUCGCCCCGGACUGCCAGCUGGAUGAAGAGCUGAGGAAGAGGAGGGAGCUGGUCUCCCACAGUCAAAUAGAUGCGUUCCUCCGCUCCUUCAGAGAGGGCUAUGCAGCCUGGAUAUCAGACGCCCUGACUCCUGCCUGGCUGUCUGGUCACCUGUCGUACGGUCAGAUCGGGGAGCUGAAACGGGUGGUGAGGAGGAUGGGGACCUGGGACCUGGUCCGACUACAGGGAGGAGAACAGCUCAAGGGAGACUUCCGGAGCUGUCCUUACAUCGCUCUGAACCGCCAGGAGACGGACACCAUGGAGUUCUACAAGAUCAAAACGCUGUCUGCUAAUUCGCUGUGGGCUCUGCUGGGACACGCCCCUCAGGUGACGGUGAAGAUGUAUAAACGUGGAGCUCCAGGUUGGCUGGGAAAGCCCCUGACGUCCACCAGCACCAUCCCCCACAACACACACGUCAUCUUCCGGAUCAACGGAGAGGAAACGGACGCCAGGAUCCCCGCUAACACCAUCCAAAGCAUCACACUCAGCAUAUGACCUUUUUAACCCCUGGUUACGGCCCAGCGGGCACCCUAUAUAGUACACUACAUUUAGUGCGCUGGUAUAUGGAGUAGGGUGCCAUUUUGGGAUCCAUCACAGACAGUGGAUCUGUAUGAGAAACUAGCCUGUUCUUCACGGUCUGCAGGUUUUAGGUGUGUGUGUGUGUGCACAGUUUUCUAAACUACCAGGUUAGGUAUCUGUUGAAUCAGACUCUCUUAUUUAAACUAAUUUACCCAACUAGUUUUUUGGCCCUUAAGACCAGAAGGAUGAAAGGAAUUGUUGGUAACUGAAGACCCCUGUAGUGAGACUUCAUGGACCUCCUUCUAUACUAGCUAUCACACCACAAUGACUAUAUAUACCUGCUGUUUCUAGUUAU